AUUGAUUGAAUAAUUCAUUUAAAAGUGUUAUUUUAAAUAUUUGACAAUUUUUACCGAUAUUUUUUUUUUUAUAUUAACAAAUAACUGUAAACUGCGUCGUUGCAGCUGGUAUUGAACCGGCAUGUGCGUAUUCCGUCUUUAGUCAUUCCAUUUUCUUACGUAAAUUUCUUCAAUUCUACAGUGACAAUAUUUUAAAAUUUAUCGAUUAUAAAGGAAAAAUAAUUAAGUUAAAUUUUAUUGUAAAAAAGAGUUAAAAAAUAACAUUAUUUUAGCAUGUGAGAAUUGACAGUUUGACAGAUUAAAGUGAAAUUGAAACAUUUUUAUACAAGAUUAUUAUAAAAAGUGUUAUUUGUGCAAUGAAAGAGAUUAAAGGCACAUUCACAAAAAGGUAACAAUAGUUGAACGAAAAUGUCUCGAGAGACUCCACCCAGGGGUGACAGUCCUACUAAAAACUCACCGACAGGUAGUCCAAGGACACCACGUGGCGGUCGACUAAGAGACAAAGUGAAUUUUUUUGAAAAUAUCUGGUCCCAAGAUCGUAAUAUAAAUACAGAAGAUAUUGUUGAACAUUAUUCAAGAUCCAGUACUCCAAUACAAAGAAAGUUCUCAUCAAGAUCAAGUGAUAAUUCUUUCGAAGAAUCAUAUGAACGUCUUGUAGAAGAAGGAGAAUUGAAUGGAGCAAAAGUGGUGAAAUUUGAAAAAAUAACAGUACGAAAAUGUGUAAAAGAAAUCACGGAGUCAAACUCAUUUUUACAAGAAUCAAGUCGAACUCCAAGUGAAGAUUUACAUGUGCUUGAAGAUUCAGCUUAUCAGAGUCAUGGUAUUCAGAGUCAUGGAAGUAAAUCAAGCUCAGUGACAUCAUUUAUGAAAUUCCCAUCAGAAGAGAGUUUAUCUUUCCAAAAAAGAUACUCUUCUCCCCCACCUCUUGGACCUAACGACGAUAGAGCACCAUCUGAAUGGUAUGCUGAUUAUCACAAUCAAACUUUCCAAAAUGUAUCAGCAAGAUUGGAUUCUGCUAUAAGAAGUCGUAAUGAGUAUGAUGCACAUAUUGCCGAAAUAAAAGAUGAACAGGAGCGUGUACAGAAAAAAACAUUCGUUAAUUGGAUAAACUCAUAUUUGUCCAAGAGAAUUCCACCACUAAGAGUAGAUGAUCUAAUUGAAGAUUUGAAAGAUGGUACUCGUCUUCUUGCUUUAUUGGAAGUUUUAUCCGGCGAAAAAUUGCCUGUUGAACGGGGAAGAAACUUAAAAAGACCACAUUUUCUUAGCAAUGCCAAUACUGCUUUGCAAUUUUUGCAAAGUAAAAAGAUAAAAUUAGUCAACAUUAAUUCGUCAGAUCUUGUUGAUGGUAGACCUCCAGUUGUAUUGGGUCUGAUAUGGACCAUUAUUUUAUAUUUCCAGAUUGAAGAAAACACAAAAGCCUUGGAAUAUCUUGGUCAAACGUGGGGAAGUCAAAGUAGUCUUGAAAGUAUGGGUACUCAAAGUUCAGCAGCUAGUGAACGAAAAAGAUUGAGUAGUGAAAAAUGGAAACAAGGUGCAAGAAAGACUUUACUUCAAUGGGUUACUAAUGCGUUACCAAAGGAAUCGGGUAUCAAAGUUCGUGAUUUUGGUGAAAGUUGGAGAGAUGGAAAUGCUUUUCUUGCCAUAAUUGAUGUAAUUAAGCAGAAUUUAGUAAAUAUAGCUGCAUUAAGAGAAGCAUCUAAUCGAAUCCGUUUAGAAACUGCUUUUAAUGUAGCUGAAGUGGAAUUAGGAAUAGCUCGAUUACUUGAUCCUGAAGAUGUUGACGUUCCACAACCAGAUGAAAAAUCAAUCAUGACAUAUGUAGCACAAUUUUUACAUAAAUAUCCUGAACCCAAAUCUAGUGGACCUGAUUCAUUUGGUACAAUUCAACACGAUUAUGAUUCAAUGAUUGCCUGGCUUAAUAAUCGAACAAGUUAUUUAGAACAAAUGGAUAAAACUCAUAGCUUCUCAUCAUCAUUUGAUGAAUACCUUAACAUCAAAAAUGAAUAUGACGAAAGAACCUUAUUAUAUAAAAAAUUACAAAACCUUGUUGAUGCUCCAAGUAUGAUUAGUAUAACUCAUGACUCUUGGAGAAUAAUACAAGAAUUAUGGAAUAAGUUGACAUACCUUUUAUCAAAAUGGGUCUGGCUUUUAGAUUCUGCAUUACCAGAAGAAAUUGGAGAAUUAGGAAGAUGGUUAGCACUUGCAGAAUCACUUCUUAAUUCUGAUAAUGAUAUUCCUGAAGAAAUGGACGAACAAACUGCUGGUAUAAUAUCUCGAAAACUAGAAGAACAUAAACAAUUUUUUGCUGAUUUAUCCAAUAUGACUGAUAAAUUUAAUCAUGUUAAAAACUCACCUUUAGCUUCUAAAGUACCACCACUUCAAUUAAAUAAUAUGGCAAUAAGAUUUAAAAGUCUUCCCAGUUUAGCUGCAAAACGAAGGAUAAAAUUAAAAUUUUUAGAACAUAAAUGUUGUUUAAUUGCUUUUCUAUAUCUCAUAGAAAAUAAAUUAAAAAUUUGGAGUGUCAAAUAUGGAAGUGAAGAAGAAGUUAAUCAAAUGUUAGAACAAUACAGAAAUUUUGUUUCACGGAAUCAAAUUUUUCAAGAAUUUCAAAAAGCUUAUCUUGAUAUGCAACAAGUAGCUGAUGAAUUUAAACGUGAAGGUGAUAUUGAUAGAGAACAACAUCUUAAUAUUGAUAGAUUUAUACGCGAGACUGGUGAAAAAUGGAAAAGUGUAUCGAUGGAUCUUCGGUGUAUUCAAAGUAUGCUUGAAGAAGUUAUUGCAUACUGGAGACGUUGGAACACACUAUCGGAUGAGUUUUCAAAUUGGUUAAUUAAUGCAGAAAAUGCCUUGAAUUUUGAUGAUGAAGAGAAAAUGGGAUUCUUCCAAGAUAUUAGUGUGUGGAAAGAUAAACAGCAACAAUUAUCUGAUAACGUUAGUUUUUUAAUAGCUACUGCUAAUGAAAGUAUAGCUUUACAUUUACGUGAUCGUUAUACAGAUUUAACUAAUCGAUGGGAUAAUAUAUUUUUGGUAGCUAAACAGUAUAUGCAUGCCGGUGAUUUAUUGAGAAAUUGUCAGGAAUACCGAACAGGUGUUGACACCUUACAUGAAUGGCUUAAAAAUGCUGAAAAAAUGUUAUCACCGUCUAAAUUAACAUCAAUUGAACGGAUUGAAGAUCAUAUAAAAGAACUUAAAGUACUUGCUGCAGAAGAAAAAAAUAUUGAAGAGCUUUUCAAGAAUGUCAGCAAAAAACUCCAAAUGCUUAUUCAAGAUUUAUCUAAAGAAGAAAUUGAAAAAAAGAUGUUAAUAUUGAAGAAAGAAAAAGAGACAUUAGUAAAAGUUCGUGCUUUAAUUCCAAUGCAAUUUCAUCUUUGUGAACAACUCUCAGUUCAAUUUGAAUCAUUAGAAAAAGGACGUAAGGAAAUUUCGGAAUGGUUAGACAAAGCUGAAAAUCUUUUAUCAAGUUUAAAUCUUUUUAAUGGACGAGAUUCAACAUUAAAUCAAUUAGAACGUCAUAAGGCAUUUUUCUCACGGACUCUCUAUUAUAAAUCAAUGUUAGAGUCUAAAAAUAAAUUGUUUUCAAGCAUCGUCAAAUCUGUUGAUGCUCAUGCAAAUCCAGAAACAGCAGAAGGAGGUGAAGAAUUACGUAAACUCAAUGAAAGAUUUAAUCAAGUUAUUCAGACAUCACAAAUAAAUGAACAAAGACUUCAACAAGCAGCACGAUGUUGGACUAAAUUCAAAGAGUGUGAACGACAGAUAUCUGAAUGGCUUACGGCAGCAGAAAAUUUAAUCAGUGAUAAACGUAUUGAUAAUUGUCAGUCAAUUGAUCAUCAUAAAAAUUUCUUUAAUAAAAUAAAUGAACGUUGGAUUCAAGAUCUAAUAAAUGCUGGGGAUGAUUUAAAAAAUAUUAUACCAUUGGAACAGCAUGAUUUCAUUACAAAAAUUGUAGAUGAAUUGCAAAAUCGUUGGAAAGAUGUCCUAAAAUUGGCUCCUUUACAUUUAAUGCGAUUAGAAUUUCGCUUAGAUGAAGCAGCUUUUAUGCAAUACUUGAAAGCAAUCGAAGUUGAAUUAAAUUCUGAACAGCAAGCAUUAAUAAAAAAUGAAGAUGUUGAAAAAAUUAUGCAACAUAAUAGACAAUUUUUUAUUGAUCAAGGUCAUAUUGUGAAAAUAGAAGAUUGUUUGAAAAAGUUGAAAAAAAUAAGCAUUACAUACUCUCAAAUGAAACCUGAUGAUAUAAGCAUGAAAGAGACUGUAGCCCAUGCUGAACAACUGUGGGAAGAUUCAAUGCAACGUAUGGAAAAUAUUCGAGAGCAACUUCGACAGGUUCCUGAACAAUGGGCUUGUUACAGAAAAAAAUUUGAUGAAAUGGUAAGAUGGAUGGAUCAAGUAGAUAAUACAUUGAGAACAAUUUUGAAAGAAGUUAAUAACUUCAAUGAAUUUGAACGAGAGAAAUCAAUAUUUCAGAAAAAUUUAACUAAAGCAUGCCAAGAAGCUGACAGUAAAAGAGAAGACAUGAAAUGGCUUGUACAAGUAUUGGACAGUUUAACAGCAAAUCGUUCAGAUCGUGAAGCAGUUACUGAGCAACAUCAUUUAGAAACAUUGAUAACUCGUUAUAAAAAUCUAAUCCCUACAAUCGAAAUCACUAUGACGAAAACUGAUAUUUAUUCUAAAAGUUAUACAUAUAAAAAAGAAGUACAUGAAGUUUGUAUACUUCUUAAAAAAGUUAAAGAACAAAAUGUUGCUACAGAAACAACUAUGAAAACUCCUGAACACUUAAAAGAAGCUGUGGUCCAUCAAGAACAGAGAUUGACUCAAUUGGAACAACAGAGAACUAAUAUUGUUAGUAUGCUUCAACGUGGUAAAGAUUUAUUGAAGGAUCAGCAUGUACCAUCAUUCGUUUCAUCGGAAAUACAAGAAUUAGAGAAUAAUUGGAAUGAUACAUAUGGCCAAAGUAUUGAAACUUUAAAAACAUUGAAAAAUUUACAAAAAUUAUGGCAAACUUAUAAUGAAGAAAAAGAGAAAAUAAUGACAUUAAUUGGAAAUACAAAGAAAGAAUUAGAAAAAAGUGAAUUGAUAAGUUUUAAUGAUGCUACUCAAGUUUCAUCUGAAUUACAAUCAAAGCAAGAAUUAAGUUCAACUUUGAAAAAGUCUUCUUAUGAGAUGUUAACGAAAUUACGAGAAACAUUUGAUAAAUUAUCUGAAUCAAUGAAAGCUGAACAACGUCCAAUUAUUUAUAAAGAAAUAACUAAAUUAGAAGAAGUGGUUGAAGUUACACUCAAAACUGUUGAAAAACGUGUUAUAUAUUUACAAGAAUAUGGUAGUAGAUGGUCUCAAUUUCAAAAUGACAUUAAUGAAUUAAGAAAUUGGGCUCAAAAGAGUGCUCCUCAGGCUAUAAUUAAUAUCCAAGAUGCUUCUACAUCACCUGAAGAUCGAUUACACAAAAUAAAUAUUCUUCAGAAGCAAAUGAUUGAAAAAAAAUCAAUAAUGAAUAUUUUACAAGAAGAAUCAAAACAACUAAUUAAAGAUACCAAAAGUAGUGAAACUCCUGCUAUAAAAAUGCAAAUUGAUGAUCUACAAAAUAUUAUUGACAAUUUAAAUGAAAAUAUAAAAGAGAAUCAAAAAAUGGUAAUUGAAAAUCUGGAGAUUUGGAAAAAAUACGAGGUAGGCAUACAACAAAUAAAACCAUGGAUUGAGCAAGCAGAAACGCAGGCAGCUUUGAUAGGAUUGAAACCAACGACUCUGAGUCAAGCAAAAGAAAUGUUAAAAACAGCUAAAGUAUUUCAACGGCAAUGUGAAGAACGUUUGCCACAUGUUCAAGAACUAUCCCAUAUAAGCCAUCAAAUUGCCGGAAGAACAGUAGCUCCAGAUGAAAUCGAUGCUGUGUAUACACGUUGGAAUGCUCUUCAUGAUACCUCUGUUCAAACAACUACAAAAUUAGAAAAAUUAGUGUCAUCAUGGAACAAUUUUGAAAGUGAAGUUGAAGAAUUUAUUCAGUGGUUAGAUCAAAGUGAAAAAGUAUGCAAAACAGAAUCAAAUUAUCAAACUCUUGAAGCAAACAAAUUAGAACAAAUUUUAAAUCAUUUGAAAGAAUUAAAUAAAGUUAUUUCUAAUCGACAAGCUCAGUUAAUAUCAUUAACUCAGGUAUCUGAUCAUAUCAGUUAUGGUUUAUCUUUAGAAGGUGCAAAUAAUUUGAAAGAACGUGUAAUGGAAAUAAAAAAUAGAGUUAACAAGCUUGCAGAAAUAGUGAGACAUGAUAUUAAUUUAGUAUCUGAUAAUUUAUUAGUACGACAAGAAUUCUACAUGAAAAUAUCAGAUUUUGAAAAUUGGAUGACUAGAUUAAGAGCUAAUAUUGCUGAAAUAAGUGAAGUUAAUAUUGAUGAUAUUGAUACGAAUCUCCAAACAGUACAUGGAUUUCUUCAAGAGCAUUUAGAAAAACAACCAAACUUUGUAGCAAUUAUUGAAGAAAUAAAACAAUUGACAAAUCAGAGUUCACCUGAAGAAGCAAAAGUAUUACAUGAGAUAAAUAAAAAUCUUACUGAAAAAUAUAAUUUACUGGAAAAAGAUUUACAACAACGUAAGAAAGGUCUUGAAAAAUGGGCUGAGCUCUCAAAUUGGUAUAAUGAAAUAAGUGCACAUUUAAAUCAUACUCAAUAUGAAUUAGAAGCUAAGAAACCUAAUAUAGUUGAUUUGGAAAAAUUGUCGAAUGAACUACAAGAUAUAAACCUAAAGAUAGAAAAGUGGAAGGAUGAAAUCCCUCUUGUUGAUAAUUUAAUGGGUAUUCAUAUGAAAGAUAAGCAGCAGAAACCUCUAACAGCUUCGUCAUUAAUUUACGAAUUAGAAUCUAAGGCUGUAUCAUUAAAAACAGACAUUUUGACAAAACAAAAUAAGCUUAAGAAUCUAAGUGCUUGUUGGGACAAUUUCCGUAAAAUACAGCAACAAUUAACUGAAGAUAUAGUAAAAACCCAAACAACUUUACAACAAAUUAUUGUUGAAGUUAAUACGUGUGAUAAAUUUAUUUCUACAAUAGAGAAAAUUGACAAUCUUAUGGAAGAACAUCAAAGAAGUGAACUUGACAAGCAAUUACUUCACAGUGAAGGAGAUAAUUUGAUGAAAGAAGAUCAAAAAUCUACAACAGCCGUGCAAGUUGUGGUUUCAUCUGCAGAUGCUAAUUGGGAAAAAGUAAAUGAAUUACUUAAAGAACAUCGUAAAAAAUAUUCUGAAAUGGAUUCUGAUUGGCGCAGUUAUCAAGAUGCACGUGAAAAGCUUAUUAAAUUUAUGGAAGACUCCAUGAGUUUACAACAAUCAUCUCAAGAUAUACCUAAUGAUAUUACUCAAGCUAAUUUAGCUCUAGAAAAGCAUAAACGAGCUUCUGAAGUAUUAAAAAAAGGAAAGCAAUUUCUAGAGAAAAUGGAUCAAAAAGCACAACAGUUGAUAAAAGAAGCAUCACUUAUGUCGAAUUUCAAAGUUGAUUUAAUUGAAAAAGAUUUGUCCACAAUUAAAAAUCAAUAUCAAGAUAUUUACACAAGUAUUGUAGAAAAAGCACAAUCUUAUGAGACUCAAGUAAUUAUUUGGAAACAAAUUGAAGAAAUAAAAUAUGAUUUGACUCGAUGGCUUCAUGAUACAAAUGAAUCUUUGACAUCUGCUUAUGAAUAUUUAACAGAUGCUGAAAAUGGUCAAGCAAGAUUAGCAAGAUAUCACGAGGAGCUACCAUCUUAUCAACUCCUUCGUCAGAGCAUUGCUACUAAAACUGAACAACUUGUUAAAUUAAAUAAUAAUAAACAAAUACCAACUUUACAAUUGUUGAAUAAAUUAUUAGAUGAUGAAUUUAAAGUUGUUAAAGAGUCUGCAGAAAAAUUGCAAUCUUUAACUCAUAGUUUGAAUGAUAAAGAGAAUGCCAUCAAAUUAAAUUUGAAGAAGUUAAGUGAUCAAAUAUCAAAAAUUCGAGAAGAUGUUAUUAAAUGUGAUGAUCUAACAGGAGAUAAUACCAAAAUUUUGAAUAGAAUUAAUAAAUGUAAAGAGUUAAAAAAUAUUCUUGACACCUGCAAUGAAAAUUUAGUAAAAAUAGAACAACAAAUAAAUGAAGCUUCUAAAAUUUAUCCAGCUAUAGAACGUUCCAGUCUUCCAAAAGAAUUACAAUCAUUAAAACUUCGUCGUGAUGGUGUAGCAAAUCAUACUGAUAAAAUAACAGCUACACUAAUUGCAUUUUUGGUUAAACUUUAUCAUGAAAAAUUUGCAAUUCUUCAACGAUUAGUAACAACACUCAAAGAGAAAGUUUUGUGGUGUGAACCAGAACAAAGUAGUGAUCGUUAUAAUCUUGAAGUAAAAAUAAUUUCUUUAAAUGAUGUCGAGGCAGGUAUUAAUGACUGUGAGGCGCGAAAAAUAGAAUCAGAUAGUAAUUUAUUACUUCUGGAAACUGUUGAAAGUCAAGAUACUAUUAAUAUGUUAAAAGUAGAGCAAGAAAAAGUUUCAAGUGAUUUAAAAAUAUUGAAGAAUAAUUACGAAAAAAUUAAAAAGACAUUAGAGCAAAAUAUUGCACUUUGGCAACAAUAUGAAUCAAUUUCUGACAAUGUUUCAACCUGGUUGAAGGAUACUGAAAAUAAUAUUAGAAUAGAAGGAACAACGUUGAUUGAAUUACCAGACAUUGAGAAAAAAAUAUCAGAAAUACAAGCAUAUCAAAAAACAGUUGAUAAUUAUGAAAAAGAAAUAAAUAAAUUGGUUAAACUUAGUGAAGAUAUUUUGAAAGUAAGUCCAGAAUCUAGAGUAAUGCAGUAUGUAAAUCAUUUGAAUGUUCGGUACCAAACAAUCCAGAAAUUUUUAUCACAGCAUAUAAAUAAAUUGAAUGAAUUAAAGAAUGGUCAAGAUACUUACAAAGCUUUAGUUAAAGAGCUAGAGAAAUGGCUUAGUGAUGCAGAAACAAAAUUAAAAGUUUUCGAUGACAUUAGUGGACCGAAAGCAAUAGCAUUUUAUCAAUCACGUUUGAAAGAAUUAAAAGAGUUUGGAGAAAGCCGAGAACAAGGUCAAGCGAUUUUAAAUAAAACAUCAGAAGCUGGAGAGGUUUUAUUCCCACGAAUAACUCCAGAUCAUCGAGAAAAUAUUAGAAUUGAAUUGAGAAAUUUGCGUAAUAGAAUGGAUGAUUUAGCAGAAAAAUCAAAUAUAAUUUAUAAGAAAAUUGAAAAUGAUAUGAUGCAUAGAUCAUCAUUUGAAGAUAAAUAUAUUCAAGUUAAACAACGAUUACUUGAUGCUAGAGCUAAAUUAGGAGAUAAACAAGACCUACUAGCAACACUUCAAGAGAAAAAGCUGGCAUUACAUUCAUAUAAAACUAUAGCACAAGAUUUAAAGGCACAUAAAAGUAUUUUACAACAACUUCAAGAGCGUUCGAGUGAUGUAACUGAUGAUGAAGCUAAUGAAAUGUUAACUAAUAUGAUUGAAGGAUAUAAUAAAUUAUCGGAUGAUGUUGAUGAUAAAAUUGGUAUAUUUGAAAAAUAUGUUUCCAAUCAUGAAGCAUAUAUUCAGACUCUUGAUAAAACAAGGGAUUGGCUCAAUGCAAUUAUCAACGAAGCUGCACCUUUAUUAGAAGAUUUAGCAGUUGAUCGUGAUUCAGCAAAAUCAAAAAUUACACAAAUCGAGAAAAUUCUUCAACAAAAAGCUGAUGGUGAUCAAAUUCUAAAUGAUUGUAAUCAACAAUUAAAUAUCAUUUUAGAGCAAACAUCAAAAGUAGGCCAUCCUUUAUUAAUUAAAGGUUUUGAAGAGCAAAAAAAAAUAUGGGAAAAUUUUCAAGCUCAAUGUGAAGCUACAAAACAUAAAUUAAAUAGUUUAUUUAAUCAAUGGAGUGAAUUUGAAGUUGCUGUGGAAAAUUUAGAAAAAUGGACGAAGCAAAUGGAAACUCGAAUAAAAGAUCAAUCUUUAAAAAGUACUGAAGAGGCUAAAAAGAAUUAUUUACAGACACUAAUGAGUCUUGAAGAAGAAAUAACAGCUAAAGCUCCUGAUUUUAAUAUAAUAGUAGAAAAAACACGUGGUAUUUAUGCUGAAUCAGAGCUAGCUAAUAGAGUUUCUAAACAAGUUACAAAGUAUCAAGCUAUUAAAAAUCAAGCUAAAGAAGCUAUAAGCCGUUAUGAGCAAUUUGUUAAAGAGCAUAGUACCUUUAAUGAAAGAUAUAAUGAUUUUCUUAACUGGAUGAAAAAUGUACAAGAUGAAUUAAAUAAACACCGCGAGAUUGUUGGAGAUUUAAAUGUUCUUCAAAAUCGACAAAAAUGUAUUCGAGAUUUGGUCGAUAUACGAACUAAAGAAAACCCUCGUUUUGAAUUUAUUAUCGAUCUUGGAGAGAAGCUUUAUAUUCAUACAUCGCCAGAAGGUCGAGAAAUAGUUAGACAACAAUUAAGAAAUUUAAGAUCUCUUUGGGAUGGAUUUACUGAAGAUGUUCAAACUGCUAUGCAAAAAAUAGAUCAUUGUCUCAUGCAAUUUGCUGAAUUUUCAUUGUCUCAAGAACAAUUGACUGCAUGGUUACGAAGUGUUGAAAGAGAUAUGCAUUUGCAUACUGAAUUAAAAUCAACUUUAGAAGAAAAGCGAGCACAACUUCAAAAUCACAAAAUUAUGCAUCAAGAAAUUAUGUCUCAUCAAACUUUAGUGGAAUCUGUUUGUGAUAAAGCUCAAAAGCUUGUUGAUCAAACUAAAGAUACAUCACUCAAUGUUUAUUUACAAUCAAUUAAACAUUUAUUUCAUAAUAUUGUUGAUAAAUCUCAAGAACUUUUAGAUAAUUUAACAGAAUGUGCUGAUAUUCAUAAUAAAUUCAACUUCCAAUGUAAAUAUUUUGAAGAUUGGCUAAAUAUUGAAAAAGAGAAAUUAUUAGAUUGUAAUGAUAUAACUGGUGAACGUUCUGAUAUUUCACGGCGAUUAGCUAAUUUAAUUAUAUUAAAAAAUGGACAGAUUCAAGGUGAACAGCAUUUAAAAGAAUUACGAGAAUUAGUUGAUAUCGUGGUUAAAAGUACAGCCAUAAAAGGACGAGAUGCUAUCAUGAAGGAAAUUAAUAUUUUAGAACUAGCUUUUCAACAACAUAUUAAUGACAUUAAUAAUAUAGAAGUUAAACAGAAUAUUGCUCUUCAAAAAUGGCAAGAUUUUGAAGAUCAACUUGAAGUUUAUACUAAAUGGUUCCGGGCUAUGGAAACAGCAUUCAGAGAUCAACAACUCCAAGCCACUCUUCAAGAGAAAGAAGAUCGAUUGGAAUUUUUCAAGAAUAAAUUAGAUAUCAUUUUAAAACAAGAAAAAGAUAUUGAUGAAUUUGUUGAUAAGUCACAUGGUUUAUUAAAUUCUAGUGGUGUUGACAGAAUUAAACCAAUUAUUGCUCAAGUUAGUCAAAGAUAUCAAUCAUUGGUUGCCUUGAGUAAAGAAAUAAUUGCCAAAUGUCAAAGUAUUGUUAAUGAACAUCGCGAAUUUGAAAAUAAGUUGAAAUUAAUUGAUAUUUGGUUAAUACCUUUGGAACAAAAUCUUGCAGCAUUAAAAAAGGAAGAAUAUGGUGGUGAUUUUGAUGCUAAAGUAUCACAUUUAAAAAUGCUUCUUGCUGAAAAAGAACAAGCUGUAUCACGUUUAGCAGUUUUGACUGCUGCAGGAGAAAAAAUCUUGCCAUCUACUUCAGCUCAAGGUCGAGAAACUAUCAGAUACGAAUUGAGACAUGCCAGGGACCGAUGGGACAAUUUAGCUGAAGGAAUCAUUGAGCAACAAAAAAAGCAAGAUGCUCAAUCUUUACAGUGGUCAAACUAUCAAGAUACGUUACAUCAUAUUUCCAUUUGGUUAGAAAAUAUGGAAAAAACGGUAAAACAAGAUUCUUCUGUUAUUCCAACAACUCAGCAAGAUACAAGAUCCAAGUUAAUGAAAAGUAAAAAUUUACAUCAAGAAAUCUUGGCUCAUAAAAGAAUUGUUGAAGCCAUUUCGGAGAAAGCUAAUGAUUUGAUUCAAGUUAUUCAAGCUUCAACGAACAUUAAAGACACAGUCAUUUCGAUUUGCAAACGAUAUGAACAACUAACUGAUGAUUCCCAAAAAGUAGUAAAUACUCUGGAAAAGCUUUUGGAAAUUUUCCAACAAUUAAAUGAUCUCCAAAAAGCAUACCAAAAUUAUCAAAAACAGCAAUGGGAUAGUUUGAAAUAUUAUAUUGAUUAUACUGGUAAUAAAACUGCACUUCAGGCAAGACUUGCUAAAAUAAUUGAAAUUCAGGAUAAACAAUCUGAUGGUGAACUUAAGCUCACUGUUCUCGAAGAUUAUAUCAAACAAAAUUGCCAAAAUUUGUCACCUCGUACCCAAGAGUCGACUGAACGAAAUCUCGAAAAUCUUAGAUUUGAAAACAAAAAAUUUAUCACUGCUCUAAAUGAUGUUAUUCACAACAUGGAAACUCGAAUUCAGCAAUGGAGUGAAUAUGAAAAUGCCUUCGAACGUCUUCUUUCUUGGUUAUUGGAAGCAGAAACCAUUUUGAAGAAUUAUACUCUAAAGAAUACGAUUGAAGAAAAGCAAGAUCAACUAGAAAGAUAUCAGGAACUGGUUAGAGUAGAAGAACUGAGGAGUUCUGAAAUAUCGGAAUUAAUUUCCGUUGCUGGUCAUCUUGAACAAUCUUUAAUUACAAAUUUGAGGAAUUACGAAACUGAGUUUGAUAAAAUGAACGACAAUUCAUCGGAAUUAAUUGAAACAAGUGGUGAAACAAGAUUCUCAGCCAACAUUCAACAAGUCAUUUCUCGGUUCCAAUCAAUACAAACAACUGCAAAGGAAUUAGUGAAAAAAUGUGAACAAGCAAUCCAAGAUCAUGCAGAUUACUUGGAACAUUAUAAACAAUGUAGUGAAUGGCUAACAGCAUCUCAAUCCCAAUAUCAAUCUACUCGAAAUUACUCAACAGCCGCUAAGCAAGAGUUAAUUAAUCAUGGAGAGAAUUUACGUGAUCUGUUAUCUCGCAUGUCAGCUGGUACAUCGUUGAUUAAUAAUACAAUUGAAGCUGGUGAACGUCUUUACCCGACUACCGGAUCAGAAGGUCGUGAAAUAAUACGCCAACAGCUUCUCGAACUUCAACAAGCAUUAGAAGCUUUAAUUGAUGGUAUAUCAUCAACUGAACGAGAUAUUCAAGUUAAAAUCUCUCAAUGGUUGGGCUAUGAUGAGUCCUGCAAUAAUUUCGAUAAAUGGUUAACUAUUUUAGAGAAACAAAUAAAAUCAGAAAUUGAAUUGAAAACGACAUUAGAUGAAAAACGUAUACAACUUCAACUUUAUCGUGAUUUACUUCAUGAUAUUCAAAGUCAUCAAGAAGAUCUUUUAGUUCUCCAAGAUAAAGCUGAUAAUUUACCGGACAAAACAGAGAAAAUUGAUGAAUUAAUUAAUGAAUUGUCUAAACGCUAUUCAACAAUACUCAAACAAGUACAGAAUUUUGUUGAAGUCUAUGAAGCUAUUGUCAGUGAUCAUCAACAAUACAGUAAAGCUGUUCUUGAAGCUCAUGAAUGGUUAGACGCUACUCACAAUGCUGUCAGUAUGUGGGGUGAUACCGAUCUUGAACGCGUUUCACUUCACACAAACCUUGAUAGAUUGAAAAAUCUUUAUCAUAAUAUCUCCGAAGAUCAAGCGAGAAUUCAGAAAAUAAAAAUACUAGGAGAGAAAGUUAUACCAGGAACCAUUGAAUCUGGUCAAGUAAAUAUUAAAUCACAAAUAGAUUCUUCUCAACAAGAGUGGGAAGGUUUAGUAUCUACGAUUAAAUCUACCAUUGAAUCUUUAGAAAAUAAAUUACAACAAUGGAAUGAUUUUGAACGAUUGAAAGAAAAGUGUCUGGAUUGGAUUCGUGAUACUGAUACAAAGUUACAUGCAGUAGAUCUAAAAUCUACUUUAACUGAAAAGAAAGAUCAAUUAGAACAAUUACGAGUUCUUCAGGGUGAAGUUCGUGCAAAAGAAUUUGAAAUUGAUACUCUUACUGAAAGAGCACAGCAAUUACUUAAAAAUUUCUCUUCAAAAACAUCAAAUACUUCAGAAAUAGUAUUAAAAUACCAACAAAUAUCAAAUAAAGUUAAAGAAUUGAAUAAUCGUUGGCAUCAAUAUGUCAGUAACCAUCAAGAUUUUGAAAAUAGCCUUGCAUCAUGUAUUCAAUGGCUUGAGGUUAUUAAAGAAAAAUUAGCAUAUUCAUCUGACCUCAGUGCAUUAUCACAGAAAGAUCUAGAGAAUAAAUUGGAAGUCGUUCAAGAUCUUUUACUGUAUAAAGAAGAUGGAUUUUCAAAAAUACAGAAUAUUGUUGAAUUAGCACAAGCAGUUUUAGCCAACACAGCGCCAGUUGGACAUCAAUCAAUAAACGACGCUGUAACAAAACUUCAAGAACAAUGGAGUGCAUUGACCUCACAGAUGCUCGAAACUAAAUCUAACCUUGAUGAUUCUAUAAAUAAAUGGGCUGGACUUUUAGAACAAAUACAAACUAUUAAUAAUACCGUCGAGUUAAUGGAAGAUUUUAUUGAUGAAAUUUUACCUUAUCAAACAACAAUGACAGAGAAAAGAUCUCAAUUAGAAAGAGUAAAAGCGAUGGAAGAGAAAAUAAGAUGUGAAAAAAUAGAAGUUGAUAAUUUAAAAUCUAAAUUUUCAGAAAUGCUUGCUAGUGGUCAGCAAGGAUUUGGAACAUCAAAAGCCCAAGAUACUUUGAAUAAAUUCGAUCAACUUUAUGAAAAAAUAAAAUCAUUACUUAUUGAACGUGACGAUCAAUAUAAAGAUCAUAAACGUUAUAAGGAAGCUUAUGAUGAUCUAAUUGCUUGGCUCAGUCGUGCAAGAGAAAAAAUUCCUUCAAUAAAACAAAAACCAUUGAGUGACAAAUUGGCUAUAGACAAUGCAGUAGCACCUUUAGAAAGUUUAUUAAAUAAAAAAGCUCAAGGAGAACUUCUUGUUGAACAUCUUCAGCAUACAGGAAAAGUUGUAUGUGCUUCUACCAGUCUUGAAGGUAAAGAAAUUAUUCAAAAUGAAAUUCGUGCUCUUGUUGAAAGUUUUGAAACUCUAUUUAAAGAAAUUCAACAACAAAAAGAUCAAUUAGAGAAUAUAAUAAGUCAAUGGCGAGAUUAUAAGGAUGAAUAUGAAAGACUGAGUGAUUGGCUUCAACAGUUUGAUAUUCUUAUAAAAGCACAAAAGAAUGCUUUACUACCAAAUGUGGUUGAAAAAGAGAAACAAGUUAAACAAGUCCAAGAUAUUCUUGAUAAUCUUACGAAAGGUCAAGAACAGAUUGAUAAAUUUAACAAGACUGCAUCUUCAUUACUUACAUCUCAUCUAGAUACUUAUAUUAAUAAUCAACUUCGACAUCUUAAUUCUCGUUAUCAAGUUCAAGUAAAUUUAGCAAAAGAUGUAUUGAAUAAAGUCGAAAUUAAUUUAUCUCAACACAAAGAAUAUGAAUCAAAUCUAGGAAAAAUUCGUUCAUGGAUUGACAAUGCAAAACAAAUAAUCAGACAAGGAACAGAAGUAGCUUCAUCAAGCAGUCGUGAAGAAUUGCAAAAGCGAUUAAAUAAAAUCCAAAAUUUACUGAAGAAACGUGAAGAAGGUCAAAAUUUAGUACAUUUAACUGUUAAUUUUGGUGAGAAAGUUGUAAGGAAUACUAGAUCUGAUGGUAGAGAAGAAAUAAAUGCUCAAUUGAAAGAAAUUCAAAAUGAUUGGGAACGUUUAGUAAAGAAACUUUCAACAACUAAAGUCCAUUUAGAGACAAGUCUUCUUCAAUGGGCUGAUUACAGUUCAUCUUAUUCUCAGCUUCAACAAUGGAUAAAUGAUAGAGAAGCAAAACUUCAACAAGUAUGUGAGCAAAAAGUAUCAAAGGCGAAAAAAGGUUUAGCUGGACUCAAUUCUCUAGUUAUUGGAGAACGAAAAGCAAAUUUGAGACAAACAAAUAGUAUAGUUCAGGAUAUUGUGGCUUUUGAACCAAUGAUUCAAUCAAUAACAACAAAAGCUGAAGAUCUAGCUACUCCAGCAACAGAAAUUUCUAUCAAAUAUGAAACAUUAAGUAAACAUGCUCAAGAAUUUUAUGCCAAGCAGAAAAAAACAGUUGAACAGCAUCAAGCAUUUAUUGAUAGUGGAAGUGAAUUUGUACAAUGGAUAAGAAUUGCAAAAGAAAGACUUGGAAAAUGUUCUGAACCCACAGGUGACAAGGAAUCACUGUCUAGUAAAAUAACUCAAUUGAAAGUGCUAGAAAAUGAACUUCCAGAGGGUCAAAAAAUAUUAGAGAAGGCUUUAGAACGAGGUAAUGCUGCUUGUCAAAUAGCAGACAUAGAAGAUAAAGAAAUAAUUGAAGAAGAUGUUGCUAUGUUACAAGAUGAAUAUGACAGCUAUGUUGAAUCAUUAAAUAAUACUAAAAGUUUAUUAGAAAUUGGUAUAAUUAAAUGGACAGAGUACGAGGAUCAAUAUAUAGAAACAUUGAAUUGGUUGAAUCAAACGGAGCCAUUGGUCCAGUCGUACAAUAAACUUCAAAAUAGUCUUGAAGAAAAGAAAAAUGUUCUUGAGCAUUUCCAAGAGCAUUUGCAAAUGCUAUUUGAUUGGCAAAAAGGUCUCGAUAGGUUGAAUAUCAAAGCGCAGAUUUUACUUGAAACUUGUGCUGAUACAAGAAUUUCUAAUCAAGUUACGCAGCUGACAACUAAAUACAAUGCUCUGUUGUCUCUUGCUAAAGAAAUAAUGAGACGAUUAGAACUGCAUUAUCAAGAACAUCAACAACAUAAUACUUUAUAUCAAGAAUGUCAAGACUGGAUUGAUCGUACCCGUGAUAAGUUAGGAGAAUGCAAGGUUACUUCUGCAACAUUACAGGACGUUAAUAAUAAAUUAAAUAUGUGCAAAGCAAUUCGUCAGUCUCUAGAACAAGGUCAAAAUAAAUUAAGAUAUGUUGUGGAAUUAAAAGAAAAAGUUGUGAUGAAUACAGAACAGAAUGGUGCGAUGAAAAUUCAAGAAGAUACUGAAAACUUGAAAAUGGAAUUUGAUAAACUAAUAUCUGAUGUUGAACAAGUUAGACAAAUGCUUACUUUAAAAGCAACAUCAUUGGAAGAAUUAUCAAAAUUAUAUCGAUUUAUUGUUGAUUGGAUUGAUGAAAUUCAAAAUAAAAUUACUCCAGAUGAAGUAUAUAAAAAUGACUUGAGUGAAAAAAGAAUACUUUUAGAAAAAUAUCGAACAAUUCAACGAGAUAUUCAGAGUCACAACGAAACAAUUGAUCGUUUGAAAUCACGAUUAAAGGAAGACACAACUAUUUCUAAAGAACCAUAUGAGACAACGAUUAAAAAAUAUGAUCAACUUCGUGCACUUAUAUCAGAAAAAAUAAAUAUUUUAGAGAAUCAAGUUAGAGAUCACGAGAAAUUCCAACAAGCUCAAAAUGAGGCUGCUGAUUGGAUAAGAAAAACUAAGGUUGAGGUUCAACAGUACAGUAUGACUCAUGGAGAAAAAGUAAAAGUAAUUGAACGUGAAAAGAAAAUUAAUGAAAUAAUUCAUUCCUUGCCGCAAGGAGAAACUUUAAUAUUCAAAAUAAUGGAUAUGAGUGAAAAUAUUAUUUCCACUACAGGACCUGAAGGUCAAGAUGUAUUAAGAUGCGAUGUACGUCAACUUCAAUUAGAUUGGAAAUCUCUUCAAACACAAUGCCAAGAGUCCCAAAAAACACUAUCUAAUUGUAUCAAAAUGUGGUCACAAUUUACAACAGCUCUGGAUGACAUGAAAAGUUGGCUAGACCAAUUCCAAAAUAAAAUUAAUGAAGAGCAUAAAAGAGAGAAUAAAACGCCUCAAGAUUUGGAACGUUGCAAACAGUUGGUUAAUGAAGCAGUUCAUCAGAAACCAAUACUCGAAGAAUUGAAUGAUAAAUGUGAAGCCCUCCUCGAAAUAAGUGCUUGCAGCUGGGCAAGAGACAAAACAGUUCAAUUACAGUCUCUUUACACAUCAUUAUUAACUGAAGCACAAGGGCUUGUUUUUAGAGUAGAAAAAAAUUUAUCAGAUCAUACCGAAUUUAUAGAAGCAAAAAAAGCAAUGGAAGAAUGGCUCCAAACAGCUAAUGGCUCAAUUCAAGAUUGUAUUGGUAUUGGAGAUAUUACUUGGGCACGUGAUAAAUUAGAAACAACUCGAUUAGUUGCCACGAGAAUAACAGAGGGUCAACAUUUAUUAUCGACUCUUAAAAAUGCUUUUGCUAAAGCAAUCAACACUGCUCUGUCUGAACAACAAGAAGAAUUGAGAAAUAAUAUGACAGCAUUGACAUCUGAUUGGGAACAAUUGAAUAUGAAUUUGAAUACAGUACAGGCACAAGUGAAAGCUACUUUGACUCGAUGGGAAGAUCAUUUUGAAGCUUAUGAAAAAUUAAAAAAAUGGCUCGAUGAUACAGAAGCAUCAGUUGUAACUUUGCCAGAUACUAAGGGAGAAAUUGGUGAGAUGAAAACUCUCUUGGAACGAUAUCGACAUAUUACAGAUGAAAUAAAAUUGAAAAAGUCAGAUAUAGAUCAAUUAGUAGAAGAAUCUAUAAAAUUGUCAUCAUGGGCUAAAAAUAAUAAAACACAUGAACAAACUUCAGGUCUAGUUACUCAAUGGGAAAGUUUGAAAAAUUUGAUAGAUGAUCAAAGACGAUUAGUUGAAAAUGAAAUGAAUGAAUAUAAUGCUUAUCAUAAUGCUUUACAAGAAACUGAAAAGUGGUUACUCCAAGUUUCAUUCCAAUUAAUGGCUCAUAAUUCACGGUACAUCACUAAUAAAGAACAAACCAUUGAACAAAUUAAGCAAUAUGAUUUAUUAUUAGAAGAAAUAAGAAAUUAUCAACAUGAAUUAGACAAAUUAAAAGAUAAAGGACAGCAGCAAAUUAAUCGUUAUAUUAGUGUUAAUCCAAAUAUUCAGAAUGUUAUUCAAGUUCAAUUAACAAAUGUUCAAGAUAGUUAUAACUCUUUGCUUACUACAGCGAUACAAAUUAAAAAUCGAUUAGAUGAAUCCUUACUAAAGUUUACGGAAUAUGAGAAAACUUUAGAGAGUAUCAUGAUGAAUUUAAAUAUUUAUGAACCAGAAAUUAAUAAAGAAUUGGAAGUUACCUUAGAUGACUUGGAUGGUGCUAAGCAAAGCUUUGAAAAUAUUCAAGAUCUUCAUAAUAAAUUACAAGCUGAGAAAUCAAGAUUAGCUGUGGCUAUUGAAGUUUGUGAAGCAGCUGCUGCAUCUGUAUCACGUCCUGGAAGUCCACUUGAUGCACCAACAGUACAAAUUCCUUCUAAGGAAAUAGAAGUACGCACUAGAUUAGAAGAUUUGAUCGAUCAGAUACAGUCCCAUUUACCCAACGUAACAAAAGCUGUUAAUGAGUUAGAAGAACAAACAAGACAGAAAAACGAAUUGAAAACAUGGAUUAAUCAACAACGCACUUUAUGUGCUGAAUGGAAAUCUAGACCGGCAAAAUUAAGAUCAGAAGCCGCUCAAGCUGAAUUACAAACAAUGAAUGAAUUAUUAACAAAUGUUGGUGAACGAAAAUCUCGAGCUUCAAUGGAAUUGUCACUUGAUCCUGAUGAUAAAAUUGAAGAAGAUUUAACAAAGCUUGAAAAUGAAUUAAUAGAUGCUAUAGCUGAUAAACAAGUUGCACAAGAAUUAAUUCAAAAAUAUAGAGGACAAGUUCAAGACAUGUUAUGCUGGCUUGAUGGAUUAUCAAAAAAAGUUGAUAUUAUUGAAAAAGGUAAUGGUCUCACAAUUAGUCAAAAAAUUACUGCUGUACAAGAAAUUAUAUCUGACUUUGAAAAUCAAGGACCGGAAAAAUUGAAUGAAGUUAAAAAAUUAAGUGAUCAAGUUAUGGAUUCUGUAAGUAAUUUAGAUUCACAACAAAUCGAAGAACAAAUAAAAUCUGUCGAUAGAAAGUAUGGAGAUGUUAGUAAAAAAUUACAAAGAAAAUCUCAAAUAUUGGAAAUGACAGCUCAAGGAAUUGAAGCAACAAGAAAAGAAAUUGAAGAUAACAGAGAAUGGAUAAAUCAAAAGAAGCAACAAGCAAGAAUUUCAGAGCUUUAUGGAUUUGAAUGUAAGCCUGCUGAUGAUAAAGUUUUAGCUCUUAAAGCAAUGUUGAAAGAAACCGAGAAUAAACAAAUAAUUAUUGACAGCUUAGAAAAACGAGUUGGUAAUAUGCAAAAUGAACUUGAAAUAAGUGAACAACAACAAUUAGAAUCUGAUGUAAAAUGUCUUCGUACUGAACAAGCUGAACUGUGUUCUAUUCUCCGUCAAGAAAUUUCAGGAGCAGUUGCUGCAGCUAAUGCUAGACGAAAAUUAGAAUCAGAUAUUGAAAAGGCUAAAUUAUGGAUUAAAACCAAACAUAAUGAUCUCAAAAAACUUAGUGGAUAUCUUCCAUUAAAAUCUAAUAAAGUUGAAGAAGAUAUAAUUCAUCAUAAUAAAAUAGAAGCUGAUAUUACCUUAUUCAAUGAAACUAAUUUGAAGGAUGUUAUGAAGCAGGGUAAUAGUUUAAAACGAGAAUGUAAUGAAGAAGAUCGUAAAAAGCUUGAAGCAUUAUUAAAUAAUAUUAAUGAAGAUUAUGAUGCAUUGAAGAAAGAAGCCGCUGAAAAACAAGCUUCUUUAGCUGAUCUUCUUCAAGGACGUAAAUCAUUUGAGAAUGAAGUAGACAGAUGUCAACGAUGGAUUAAGGAAGCAGAAACAGCUACUUCUUCUGAUGUACGAACAUCAAGUGUUGAUGUUUUGCGAGAACAGCUUGCUAAGUAUGAUCGAUUAAAACAAGAAGCUAAAAGUUUUGGGGAAGAUGUAGAAAAAAUUUUACAACAAGGAAAAUCUAUUCUACCAACCAUAAGUGAUGCUGAUAAACACGAAUUAAAUGACCAACUCAAAACCAUGAAAGAUGCACACAGUCGUGUUGCUACAAUAAUUAAUGAACGUGCUGCAGCAUUGAAUAAAGCCAUUGGCGAGGCUGAAGAAGCUUCUGCUCGUGUUGCUGAAGCAGUUCAAUUCAUGUCCGAUAUCCAAGAAGAGCUCAAUGCGUUGAAUAAACCUAUUGGAUCACGAGUAGAAGAUGUUGAAGGCAUGUUAACGGCUUACGAAAAAAUUCUAAAUGAUUUGAAAGAAAAUAAAGCUAAAUUAUCUGAUUUACAAUCAGCUAACUUAGUAGGAAAUCUUCAUGACGUUAUUGCUCAGCAAGAUGACCUUAUUGCAAUACUAGAAGCUCAAAUUGCAAAAUUAAAACAAUUGCUUUUACUUCGUCAACAAUUUAUUGCAUUAAUAACGGAAAUAAUGUCAUUUAUUGCUAAAUAUAAUGAAAUCGUGAGAGACAUUGAAAAUCAAGAUCAAUCAAUUGAAGAAAAAAUAAAACGAUAUGAUGAUGUUAUUUUAAAAAUUCAAGAGUGUGAAGCUACUUUAGCUAGUGCAACCGAUAAAGGACAGCAAAUUGCUGAAGAUGGAUCUACUGCUGAUCGUAAUAAUAUUACAGAACAACUUCAAUCACUCAAACAGCAAUUACAGAGCCUUCGAAGAGUGGUAGAAAUGCAACGAGAACAGCAUGAAUUGACUGUUGCAGAGCACAAAAAGCUUGCUGAUGAACUUGCAAAUAUCCUUGAUUGGUUAGAGAAUAAAGAAAAAGAAGUUAAAUCACGACCACUUCUCGAUCGAGCUAUUGAAAGUGUAGAAAAAGAAAUAGAAAAACAUAAAUUACUUUGUGAUUCAGUUAAUCAAUAUCUCAAUAAAAUUAAGACUUUAAAAGAAUCUGUAAAACAUGAGGAAGGUAUGCCGGGUUCUUUGAAAGAAAUGUUAAGUGAAGCUGUAUCAUUAUUAUCUUCAUUACCACGUGAAAUGGAAGAACGUGAGAAUUAUCUUGAAACUAAUUUACAAUUACGAUUGAACUAUAAUGCAUUAUCCGAAAAAUUCUACAGUUGGAUCCGAGAGGCUGAAAUUCGACUUGAAAGUGACAAAGAUGGACUUGAUUUUGAAAAUAUUAUUAGUGAUCUUGAAGAACAUAAAAUAUAUUUCAGUGCUGAAUCAUCAAUUCGUGAAUUAGUUUCUCAACAAAUUCAACAAGCAGCUGACAAAGUUUGGCCUUCACUCAAUAGCGCUGAACAAGAAGAAUUGAGUUUAGAACAACAACAAUUUACCCAACUUUUGAAAAAUACCAUGAAUACAGCCAAGUCUUAUCGUGCUCGAUUAGAACAAGGGGCAGAAAGUUGGCGUGAUUAUACGCAAACAUUGGAACGGGUAAAAGCUGUAAUAUCAAGAUCAAGAUUCACCGAUGAACCAGUUACAACAUUGGCUGGAUUACAAUUCAACAUUCAAAAAAUUACUCAUGCGUUAAAUGAUAUUCAUAAUCAACAAUUUGAAUUAGAUCUAUUAAAUGAACGAGGUCGAGAAGUGUUAAACUUGGCAGAUAUUAAUAACAAACAAACAAUUAAUGAUCAAUUAAAGGAAACUAAUUCUGAAUGGAAAGAACUGGUAUCUGGGUUGGAAGGACGAAGAGAUGCUUUAGAAGCACUUUCAAAACACUGGGAAGAAUUUGAAGGACGAUGGAAUCAUACUGAAUUAAAACUUAAUGCGAUUGAAGAGAGGAGUAAAUUAGUGGAUGGCAUUGUCAGAUCGACCAAUCAUCUCGAGGAUACUAUUAAAUCUUUAGAUGAGUUGACUGUUGAAGCAGAAAAUUUGCAGUCUUUAACAGAAGAGGUGAAGUCAUUGGCCGGUCCGGUUCUCGCGUAUCUUGCGGCUUUUAUUGAAGCGCCAGCGCGUGCUCUACAAGAUCGGCUGGAUAAGUUAGAUAAAUCUGCAGAAACACUUGUUGGAUCAAUUCAUUCAAAAUUACAAAAGGCAUAUAAAGAUCUUGAAUUAUUGAAUCGAGAUAAAUCUGAAGUGAAAUUUUUCGAGGAUCGAUUGGAAGAAAUUAAUCAACGUAUCAAGAAUUUUUAUAUAUUUGGAGUUGAUCAAGAUUCAAUUGAAAAUUUACUUGCUGAAUUACGAGAAAAGUUUCUUUUAAAACUUGUUGAUGAAAUAAAAGAAUUUUCUGGUAAUACAAAAUUGAGGUACGAAUCAAAUCAGCAAUUGGUGCCGAGUGAUUUAGCUCAACAACUCGCUUCUUUAGAGUUGAACGUUGAAAGCACAAUCCAAGCUAUGGAAGAAAAACAACGUGAACAAAAAAGAGCUAAAACUAUUAGAACGGAUUACGUAUCAGAUGUAGAUGAAUUACAAGCAUGGAUUCAUCAAGCUGAGCUUAAAAUCAAAGACCGAUCAGAUGAACCACUUAAACUUCGAGAAUUUUUACGACAAAUUCAAUCACAGUUCACCUCGAUGUCUGAUAAACUGGAAAAAUUGACCAAAAAUGGUCAUAUUAUUAUAGAAAAUACUCAAAAUGAAAAUGAGAAAGAACUUAUUGAAAAAACAAUAUUAAGUUUGACUGAUCAAUUUGGACAAGUUAAGUCAUGGUUGGAAGAAAAAAAGCAACAAGUUGGAGACUCUCUAGAUGCUUGGCAAAGGUUCAUUAUUCUUUAUGAAUCUGUAAAAGCAUGGAUAGAAGAAAAGAGAGUAUUCUUAAAAGAACCUCUUAGAUUAAGCACAUUAAUACAAACCCGACAGAAAUUACAUGAUUAUUCGAUUGCGGUUAAAAAUUGUAAACAAAUAAAUAAAAAUUUAAGUGAUAUGGGUAAAGAGCUUGAAUUAAUAGCUCAAUUUACCAGUGUAGGUGAUCUUCCUGAGAAACUUGCCCAAAUUGAAGAGGCUAAAGUUGAAGUUGAAGGUCAAUUAUUGGAAAGGAAUGCAUUACUUCAAGAAGCAAGUGAAGAAUGGGAACAAUGUGAAAAGAAAUUUAAAGAUGUUAAAAGUUGGUUAGAAAAGGCACGACAAAAUUUAGAAUCACCACAAAAUAAAAAGAAACCAUUAAGAGAUCAACAUGCAAUAAGAGAAAAAAUGUUGAGUGAUAUUGCAAUUCAAAAAACUAAAAUUUCAAUUUCUGUUGAAAAAUUGCAAGUUCAUUUCAAAACUGGUAUUGGUGGUGAUAAUAAAAUUGCUGAUAUGGCAGAUGAGAUGAUUAACGAUUUAAAUAAUCUUUAUGAAACAGUUAAAGAUCAAACGACUUCACUAGAAAAUUGUCUUUCACAACUUGAUCAAUAUCAACAGGAAAUCCAACAAUUAAGACAACAAAUAAUUCAAGUUGAACAACAAUUAAGAUCAACUUUAAAUCCGACAUAUCUUCCAAAUGAUCGUGAAAAAGCAAUUCAAGAGCAACAGACCUUACAGACACAAAUGGACAAUUGGCGGCAACGAUCAAAAUUGCUGUUGGAUGAAAUACUUAUCAUCGAUCCAUACUAUUCGCUGCCUGAUGAUUCAAAUAGUAGUGAGAUCAACAAGCCAGUAGCAGGACUUGCAUCAUAUGCAGACAUUACGGCAGGUCGUUCAAGCCCCAAUUCAAGGUCUUCUAGUCCUUAUAAAAUACAUCAACCAGAAUCUUUUCCAAUUAAUACAACUUCUCCACAAUCUUCAUCUAUUUCACAAGUAAUUGCUGAUUCACAUAAAAUAAGAAGUGAUCGAUCUCAAGAUUCAAAUGAUUCAGAAAAUCUUCAGCAAAAGAAACAGAAAAAUAAAAAAUCAUCUACUUCUCAGUCAGACAGGGCAUCAGCUCAAUCAACACGACGAGGUCGCUCACCAAUAAGAAGAUCUAAAAAUAUUAAAAUUAAACAAAUAGGUGAAAUACCUCAAAUUAAAGUAACUAGUAAAGAUACUUCAACUGAUCGUGAAUUUGAACAGAUCGUUGAACAUUCAAAAGCACAUUUAAUAUCAACAGAAAUACGAAAGAGAUCUCCAAGUCCCAUUUGGAUUCCUGGUUCUACAUCUUAUGCAGAUAUUCUUCGAGGGGGGGCACAAAAUUAUUCUCAUAUUGAACAACCUACUAAACAUGAAAUUCAUAUGACAAAAUUAUCCAAAAAUAAUAUAUCACAAAUAACAGAUUUACCUAAAGAAAAUUAUGAAGGUGAAAAGAAGAUCGAUAGUUCACCAGUAAAACAAGUAUCUAUUCCAGAAAGUAACAUACAUUAUCAAGAAAUUGAUCAAGCUUCAACACUUGAUAUUAAUCAAAAAAAAUCAUUAGAAACGACAAAAGAAAACUAUGAUAUGCCGCAUGAAGCAUUUGAAAAUAUGUCAACUUCUUCUCAGACAAAAAUGUAUGAUUAUGUUCCUCCUAUGCCAGAAUUAGUGAGUUUCAUUAAUACAGAACUUGGAGCUUAUCCAUUUGUAUACACAACUACGGAUCAUCAACCACAUGAAUUGGAUACGUCGUUAAAUCCGUAUGAUACCAGCAUGAGAUACCCAGCUGAGCAUUAUGUUACACAAGAUAAUUAUUUAACAGCAAACCAAAAUAUUUACCAACAAAGUCAUCCAUGCACUCAACAACAGCAUAAAGCUGCAAAUGAAAUGCUUUAUUAUAAUCCAAUAAUUCUUAAUAAAAGUGAAUCUGAAAUAUGUCAAAGCUAUGAUUGUGUGUCUGAUAUUCAGAAUAAUACUACUUUACCGGAGCAAGUUGAAGCUGUGGUAGAUGAACACACUGAUGCAAUGCAGGUGAGUGAAAAUCUAGAGAAAGAAUUAAUAACAGAAGAACCAAUGCCAGUGCAGUCUGAUGCAAAAAUAUCAUCAUCUACAUCUUAUGCCAAAAUUCUGUCUCAAGGUCUUGCAACUCGAUCAAUUCAAAGUCCACCAAAUCCAAUUUUUGAUGAAAAUAAUUCUCAAGUAUGUCCUCAAGAAAACAAUACCAAUACUAUUAAUAAUGAAGUUACAUUAGAGGGAAAAUCUCAAAAAGUUAUAGCAUCAAAAGAUAAAAAAAAAUGGGAUGUAAUAAAGAAAAAAGAUACAAAGGAAAAAUGUACAGAAAAAAAUGAGAAUCAAGUUAAACACAAUGUGACCAAAAAUAAAAAAGAACAAAAGAAAAAUAGGCAACGUGAAGAUGUUAUUAAAGAAGUUGAGCGAGAAAAGCCUGUUGAAAAAAUCGAAAAACCAAUUGUUGUUGAAACUUUUGAUACUAUAAAAGAGAUAAAAGAAAAUAUUAAAGAAAAAAUAAAAAUUACUGAAGAUAAUGUCGAUGUGAAGCCGACAAAUGAUACAGAGAAAAAACGAAAGCCUAAAAAGAAGAAAAUUGACACACAUCAUGAGGAUGAAAUUGAUAAAGCUCUUAAAGAAAUUGCAGCAUUAGAAAAACAAAAAAAUAAAUUUCAAAAAGACAAAGAGAUACCCCAAUUACAACAACAACAACAGCAACCACAACAAUCGAAUAAUAAUAGUGAACAGAAAGCCAAAAAAACAAUUCGAAAAAAUAAGCAGGAAUUAAUAAAAUCUUCUGAACCUUUUACUGAAUUAAAUAAAAAAUUGAAACCUCAAGUAGAAGAUCAGAGAAAAGAAGAGACCAAAAAAAUUGAAAAAGAUCAAUCCAAUGAAAAAUCUGUUGAAGAACUACCAUCAGAUGAUUCAAAUAAAUUGAAACCAUCAUCAAAAACAAAAAAGAACAAAAAAAGAACUGAAACUAAAAAUAAAAUUCAAGAAAAGGUGGUAAAACCUGAACAAAAAUUACCAUUAGAUGACAUAAAAAAUGAAAAAAUUUCUGAUGAAAUAAUCAAAAAUUCAUCUACCAAUGAUAAUGAUAAUAAUGAACAAAAAAUUUUAGAACCAAAGAUUGUUGAGGAUACGAAUUCUAUUUCAAGACCGACAGAAAAAUUAGCCAACAUAGAUAACGAAAAACAAUUAUCGAUUAGCUCUCAAAUGAGUGAUGAUUCUAAAAAUUUAUCACUCAAUGACGAGUUACCAGGCAAAGCUUUAAUUAUUGAAAAAAGUAUAACAACAGUAACAACUAAAUCUACAUGUGGAACACAUGAAAUAUCUCCACCAGCUGUAAAAUCUGUUAAAUCAGUUGAAAUACUGGAGAAUGUUCCUUUAUUGAACAGGAUUAAUUCUAAAUCUGAAGAAAUUAUUAAUUUGCGACCUGAUAAUGUAGAAGCCAAUCUCACAACGACAUAUGUUCGAGUAUCUAAUGAUUCAAUCGCAGCUACUGAAAUUGAACAAAAGAUUCAAGAAACCAAUGCUAAUGAAAUUCAGACAAGUGCAGAUGUAAAACAAGUGCAAAUACCAAUAAUUGAAUUUGAUAAGGAUGAUGAACCAUUAUUUGGAAGUGUUCAAGCUAGAAGAAAUUCACAAAAGAGUGAUACUAUAUCAAUAGAAUCAUUUAAAUCUAAAAGUUCAGUAAAUGAAAGGGAUACCAAAAAAUGUAGUCGUGAUAAAGAUAUUAAAAACAACAAAGAAAAAAUAGAUUAUACAAACAUAAAUGAAUUAAUUAAACCUUACUGGAUAGAUUAUCAUGCUUACAACGAAGCUGAAAGUUAUUUGUAUCAAAAUUUCAAAGUUGUUAGAGUAAUCGAAGGAGCACCAUCAUCCAUCACUGAAUCAAAGCCAAAAUCUUGUGACUUGGAACAAAUACGUGGAGUAUCAAUGAUGGAAGCGGUAGACGAUAAAUUAAAAAAAACUACAACAGAUAUUAUACCAUCAGAAAAUAGAAUAUCUGAAAAUGAUGUAGAAGUAGAAUCAAGUGCCAUAGCUUUAAUAGAAGAAAUUCCAAAAUAUUCAUUGUCAGAAUUAUCAUAUUUUGAAUCUCAGUGGGCUGAAACAUUAUAUGGUAGAAAUUCAAUUAAUCAAAAAAUUGAAAAAUUAAAAAAAUCAACGGCAGAUACAGAAGUUGAUUCUAGAGUGAAACCUGUUCUGAUUAUUGAUAAUGAAAAUAAAUUGGAAAUACCGAAAAUUCAAAACGCUGCUACUGAAGUAGAUUUAAAACUUACAGAUGAUGAAAAAAUUGUAAAAAAAUUAUCACAAUGUGUAGAAGAGUCAAAGAACCAAAUGGAUAAUGUAAAAGACAUUAAAUAUGAUGGAUUUUGUAUCGUAUCUGAUAGUUUUGACCGUAGUUAUGAAUCUAUAAAAGAUUCUCCAUCAACAGAACAUGAAAUAGUAAAGCCACCAUCAUCACCAUUACCUAAAACUAAAGCUACCAAUGAUUUAGUUAGUAAAUCAGGUGAAAAUCAGGUUGAAAUUUGUGAAAUGCCAACAUCCAAAGUGCAAUUUUAUAUUGAUGAAGAUGAUAUUGUAGUAAUAAGUCAUUUAGAGUCAGAAGAAAUUCACCUUCCUGAAAAGGUACAACAGCCAGUAUCUACAUUUUCACCAUUGAAAUUGACGGAUUCCAUUGGUAUGGAUAGUUUUUGGGUGGACAAGCGAAUGUAUCAUGAUGCUGAGCUGAAAUUUUUCGAGGAUUUAUCUUCAAAAUUAAAAAAAAAGGUUAUUAAUAUUAAUAAUUAUUUUGAUCAUCGCGAUAACAAUGAUGAUUUCCAUGAUAACUUUGGUGGUGGUAGUGGACCUGGUAAGGGUUCUUUGUUUAAUUCUUAUAAUGAAUCGUCAUUAGCACCUCGAACCGAACGACUUGUCGCGGAUUUACCGGGAGGUAUAUGUAGCUGGAAUGAUUAUAGUACAUACUUAUCCUUACGACAAGAUAAAACGCGAAUAGAUGUUCGACAAACUCACAUUACUCAACCUCAACAAACAAAUGAAAAUUCUCACUUUUCUCUACACUCUUCUUCUUCUUCUUCUUCUUCCGUAGACUCAUUAUCUUUCUCUAAAAAUCCUUUCCUUAAUUCUUGUAACACUUUACCACAUCCUCCAAUACUUUCCUAUCCAAUCGACCAACAUUUAGGUCUCGAAAUGAAGAAAGCUCAGGAACAAGGCAACUUUGAUAAUCGAGAUUUGGAGGAAAAUGAGAAAAAAGCUGAAUCACAUGGAAUUUCUCAAAACCUUAAGAUAUCAUUAGAAAGCAAUAUAGAAGAUAUAGAAAAAGCCAUCAGUCAACUUGAAGAAUCAUUGAAACUUUUACCUCAAGAUAAUUUGUCAAAAGUUUUCUCAAUAUUUUUGGAAAAACUUGAACAACUACAGAAGUAUGAUGAACAAGUAUCUGAACUUUAUGAAAAUUUAAUAAAGCUUGAUGCAGAAGCUGACACUGGAAAAUUCACGAAUAUUUUGAAAAAAGUUCAAACUCGAAUUACAGUUAUACGAAUACAAAUAGAAGAAGGAGUUGCAGUUUUAGAGAAAGUUAUAAAAUGUCAACAACAACGAGAAAUGGAAAUUAUUACGUACAAAAAUUUCCUCGAUGAAACUGAUAUUUGGUUAAAAAACCUUAUUUUAACAAUUACACAACUACAUUCUAUAGCUUCAUAUAAGAUGCUGGAAAACGAAUUAAACGAACGAGUCCAGAGUGUGAUAAAAUUAGAAGCACUUCCAGAAAUAAGUGCUCUAGCCAAAUCUCUCAAAGAGGCUUUAUUGAAAACGAAUUUACAGUUGAAGGAAAAGCAGAAGGAAAUUGAAGAAGACGAAACCAUUUGUGCAUUAGAUGAUUUACCUGAUCAAGAUGACAGAACCCUCGAUCAAGCUUCAUCAAUUCAUUCAACUGAAACAGAACUAGGCAUUGAUGUAUCAUUACAGACAGGACAGAGUCUCAUAAAAGAUGAAAAACCAAUUCAAUUAACAAAACAGACACUAACUGAAAUGGGCAUUCAGACAACCAUUCCUACCCAAGUACUAUUAGAAGAUUCAAAAUUAGCUAAAAAAGAAUCAAUAAAAAUACUAAAAACUACUGAUGAUACUCAUGAUGUAAUAGAAAUAGCUACCCGAAAUAUUCCCACAACGACUGCUGAGCAGUUUUUAAUGCAUGAACGAGCUGCUACUAUUCCUGAUGAUAUAGUCGUUGAUAUGAAAUAUCAAGAUGCAAAAUUAGAAAAAAGUGCUGUCUCUGAGUUAAAUAUUGAACAUGCAGCCCCACAAACUUUUGAAACUAUUCUUACAGAGCCUGAAGAUGUUACCACUGAAGUUCUUAUAGACGCAGAUGGUACAAAAAAAAUUGUUGUUCGUAAAUUGAGAAAAGUUUUAGUUACGAGUGAUCAAGUAUCACAGGAACAUAUAACACCUACGACAAAAGAAGGAGCUCAAACAUUUAUUGAAACCGCCACAAGUAGCCAACAAGUAACACUAACUCAAACAAAGACUGAUGGUAGUAUAGAAAUGUCUACGAAACAAAUUUUUGCAGCAAAUGAAGGUUUUAAUGUUAAAGAGAUUGAAACAAUACCCCAAACAUUGAGUGACAGUAUUCCAAAAGAUUUAGUACCAUCAGUAGCUACUACUGCUGCUAAAUUAAUGAAAGAAACAGAUCAGUAUCAAACUCAUUCUUCAACAGUUCAUACAAUGGUCCAACAAGCAACAAGGCGAGUUAUAAUAAAAACCCGUAAAACUAUUAAAAAGAUAACAAUUAUUGAUGGUAAAGAAGUCAUGACAGAGGAAAUUAUUGAAGAGCCUGAAGAAGUUCAAAUCGAUGAACAAAAUAUUCCUCAUAUUAGUAUAAACGUUAUAAAACAAACAGAUCAAAAAUUAACAGAAUCAGAUGACGUUAGAGACGGAGAAAAAAAAGUAGAUGUGACACAUGAAAGUAUAGUAUCAUCGGAAUUUAUAUCUUCUCCUGUACUACAACAAGAACAAUAUCAAGCAAUAGAUCAACCUAAUGUGUCAUCUAUGAAUCAUCAAGAAACAGAGGUAAAUAAAAUUAAACUACAAUCAACUGUAGAAUUAAAAAGUAAAGUUAUGAUUGAUUCUAAAAAUUCGGAAAUUUUACAGUCGAAAAUUUCCGAAGUAACAAUUGAUAAAGCUGAGCCUGACUCUGUUAUUACAGAGGAGGAUAGGCCAGUAGAUGAUACAGUCGUUAAGCUAAUUGAUGCACCUGUAAAAAGCCCAGUAUUCGAUAUUGAUUUAGAGACUGGCACGGUAGAAGUAGUACAGCACUCUGAUGAUAGCACUGUAGUAUCUCCAAGCAAAUCUAAUAAUGUUUUAUUAGAAAAACAUCAAGACAAAUUAAUUGCUGAUAUUCAACAAGUAGAUUCACCUAAAUUAUCUCAUGACGAUAUUGAUAAGAGUAUUGAUUCACCAGUUAAUAAUGAGACCAUUGAAAAACUAUCAAGUGAAAGUAUUUCAGUUAAACAAAUUGAUAUUACUCCGUCAGAAAUAGUUACUGAAGAUAUUUCUAAAAUUUCCCCUAUACCUGUUGGUCAAUCAAGUGAUAUUGAAACUGGAAAAAAGGAAAAACAAGAUGAUUCUGAUGGUUCGAUUGCCACUACAAUCGCUGAAUCAGUAGAAAUUAAUCUUCCUGUAUCAGAUUCACCCAAACAGCCUACGGAACAAGCACAAUCUGAUAUUUUGGAAAACACAGAGACAUCACUUUCUUUUUCAUGUCCAGAAGAAGAAAAUUUGCAAACUGGAUAUGAAUCUGAUGAUGGAACUACUCUAGAAGACAAUUUAGUUUUUCAAGAACAUGAAAGUACAGUAUUUAAAAAGAAAAAGAAAAAGAAGAAAAAACAGAAAGUAUAUGUAAAUAUCGAAGAAAAUACUGAAGUACCUAAAAGUACUACAGAUGAAACGGAAUUCACUGAUAAUUCACAUAAACAGGAAGAAAAAUUAAAGGUUGAAAAGAAACGUAGUAAAAAGCAUAAACAAAAAGAUAAAAAAUUAGUUCAACCAUCUGUAGAAAUCGAUACUCAGACGCAAAUUUUAGAAACUCGAGAUGCUUCAGCCAAUGUAGAAGAAGAAUUCGACAAUAAAUCAGAAAAAAUUGAUAGUUCUCAUCAAACAUCUUCCGAGCCAAUUGAAUUGAAUGUUUUAGAACGGGAAAUACAAACAUUAAUACAUGAAGAAGUAAAUAUGGAAAUGCAGACAUCACCAAUUCCAGCAUUAGAUUCAGGAAUUCAAACAUUAAUUCCUACAGAGAUAAACAUGGAAAUGCAAACGUCACCGACACCAGCAUCAAACUUAGAAAUUCAAACUCUUGCUCCUGAAGAAAUAAAUAUGGAAAUCCAAACGUCUCCAACUCCAGUGUUAGACUCUGAAAUUCAGACAAUUGCAAUUGAAUUACCAGCCAAGGAAGAUUCAUUUAUUCAAACUGACUUAAUUGAGAUUGUUCCUGUUUUUGAAAAAGAGGAAGAAGAAAGUCAAACAAGUUUAGUUGAAUUAGAGCCUAAUAUUCCAGUUAAAGAAACUGAAGAGAUUGAAGUCCAAACGACGAUUGUUGUAGACUCUUCAGGAGUUCAAACAUUGCCUAUAGAGACUAAAAAGUUAAUAGAGAGUGAUGCUCAAACUGAAAAUCAAUCAGAAUCUUUGAAUGCUGAACAGCAAACUACUCCAAAACCAGAAAUUAUUCAGGAAGAAGUAGCGAUUCAAGUCGGUACUGAAGUUCAAGUUGUCGAAACUGAUGUACAAACUAGUGAACCAUUAAACUCUUUAGCAACUUCAACAAAACACUUUGAAAUGCAAGCAAAUUUAAUCGAAGAUAUCGUAGUAGCAACUAUGGCAACGCAAACUACACCAAAAAAUAGUCCACGUAUUUCUAUUGAAGAAGUUGAAGUCCAAACUAGUAAUCCACAAUUCAUGGUAGAAUCAGUUAUGCAAACAAGCCCAGAGCCCAUUGAUAAAAGUGCUGAACUUAUUCAGUCAUUAGAUUUAAGUACACAAACGAGUUUGGAAGAACAAACAAUUGUAACAGAACAAGAGUCACAAACAAUAGAACAUGAAAAAAGCUCUUUUGAUACAUGUAUACAAACUAUGGCAGAUGAAUUGAUUCCAACCAUUGAGGAAUACAUUCAAAAUGUUCCUGAAAUAACUGAAACAAGUCUUCAAACUUCAGACUCAGAACUUGAGAGCCAAAUCCCAAUCUCAGUUGCAUCUGUUUCAAUUGCUCAACAGACUACAAUUCAAUCCGUAGAAAUAUCAACUGUACCUGAGAUAGAAAUUAAUACUCAAGAAAUUGCUACUUCACCAAUAGCAAUGACCAAAUUUCUUAGUGAUUACGAGACAGAGAAAUUAAAAUCAAAAUUAGAACUAGAGGCACAACCAAGUCUAGAAAGAGAAGAAGAUAUUCAGUCGAUAGAUCAGCCAAUUAAAACACCUACUGAUUCAUUGAAAUUAGAAGAAUCAAGCCAAUCUACUGUGAUAACUCCCGAUAAAAAGGAAAAAAUUCCUGAGGAAACAAAAAGUAAAGAUCAAGAGAAACCAGAAACACCUAUAAUGUCAGAAAAAGAAUCGACUGAUACGUCAUUUGAAAUUCAUGUUCAAGCGACUAUUGAACUAUCAGAGAGUCUUACACCCGAUCAAAUAACAUGUGAGAGUGAAUCAACUAAUGUAACUCACGAAACUAUAACUUCUGAGGUAGAAAAUAAGGACAUCGACCCAUCAAUCAAUAAAAGCAAAAAGCGAUAUAAGAAAAAGAAAAAACAAAAGUCGUCGAAAUUGAAAGAAUCAAGUUCACCUGAGAAAGAUCAAGAGUCAGCUGAUUUUACAUUAAGUAGUAGUUCCAUUGAAUCAAAAGAUCCAACGAUAAAACUAUUUUAUUCCGAAGUCACGAAAAAAGGAGGUAAAAAAGAUCAACAAAAAUAUCAAUUUGAUGAUCAAAAAGUUAACUUAUCAUUAUCAAUCGUAGAUCAAGAAUUACACGAUAGCUCAUCUGUUGAAGAUAGUACUAUAUCUAAUGAUAAUUUACAGAAUAAUCAAGUGGUGGUACCAACAGUAGUUCAACAAUCUAACAUCAAAAAACAAACUAUUCCAGAGGUUAUUAAAAUUGAAAACGUUCCAGAACCGAUGGAUACUUCAGAAGAACUUUUAUCACCAAUGGAAUCGGUUAUCCUUGAUAAAACGAUGAAUACUGAAAACGACGAGAUUUUAUGGUCCGAUAAUUACUUACAACAACAAAAUGAAAGAUUCAAGUCAACAGCCUCAAGCCCAUUCUCCCAUGUUUUCCAAAGAACUCAAUCUACAAAAAUUAUAUUAGAUCGACUGAAAAAUUUACAAAAUGCUAGAGAAACAAAUUGUUUAUCAAGCAUUUUGCAUAUUGUUAAUUUAGAAAAUAUUUCUAACUCAACAAAUAUUGAAGAACGCCGAUUAAAUAUUCAACAAGAAUUAUCACAAUUGGUGCAGGCUAUUGAAAAUAACGAUGCUAUAAUUAUUGAACAAAAAUUAACUACUGUAAUAGAAAUAUUUUCCACAUGGUUGGAGAUAAUUGAAUAUCAGGUAUUCUUUGGAAAGAAAGAAUUAAAUGAUCUGUCUGAGAAGAAAUUUUACAAUGAAAUGAAAGAUGAAGUAGAUUAUGUAGAAGAGAAUAUUAAAGAAUUAGAUGAAGUUUGGAAAGAGAUUGAAAAUAAUUAUUCAGAAGAUGAAAAAGAAAAAAUUCAAGAGUGUGUAAGUACUUUAUCAGAACAAGCAGCUAUGAUUAAAAGUGUUAUCAACAAUGAAGAACAAUAUGCUACUACUGAACAACUAAAAUGGAAUGAACUAUUGUCCAAUAUUAGCAAUUUAUUUAAGUUAAUUAAGGAACAAUCUGAGAAAUUGAAUGGCAUAAUUGAUAAUGAAUUGACAACAACAAUAUGGAAAUUAGAAGAGCUAGAUAAAUUAGAUAACACAAACCGUUUUUGUAUGGAAGAAUUAAAUCAAUUAUUGACAAUUAUCCGUAACUUUUUGAUAAAUCAUCCAGAUAAAAAUAUUCCAGAGGAGACAUAUGUUGAAGCAUAUAAUUUGUCUCAAUCAAUUGAUAAUAAAAUUGGGAUUGAAAGGGAACGAUUAUUCCAGCUACUUUCUCUUGCUGAAGAAUAUGAACAAACUCUUCAAGAAUUUUCUCAAAUUACAGAUAUCGCUGAAAAUUUAUUAGCCAGUCCUAUUUCUGUUGUAAGUUUAGAACAUUUAAGAGACGAAAUGCAAAAGCAUAGAAAGUUUUUUGUUAAUUUAAAUCAUUGUCGAGCGAUAUUAGAAUCACUGGAAGAUAAUUUAGAUAAUGAGACGAAAUUGAAACACUCUAAAUUACAUGAGAAACUACACAGUCGGGCGAUAGCAUUACUAGAUCAAGCAGCAUCUAAAGCUCAGCAAAUGUCACUGGCAGCAUCUAGAUGGAUGCUUUUAGAACAAGGUAUUAAAGAAGAACGCGGAUGGCUUCAAGUUGCUCAUCAACGAGUACCGGAUUUGCAAUCUAUUACCUCUUCUGAUUAUGAUCAGUAUAUAUCAUUAUAUCAAUCACUAUCAUCUAACAUAGGAACACAUCAUUCUCGAAUUAUUCAGCUUCUGAAUUUAGCUGGUAGUCUUAAAGAACUUAUAAAUAUAGAAGAUUCAGAAGAUCGCUACCAAGAAGCUUUGGAUGUGAUUUGUAAACUUCAAGAAAAUGUAGAUAUGUCCUUGAGGCAACUUUUAUUAUUCAGAGAUAACUGGACAACUCAGGAAUUACUGGUCGAUCGUUUAGAGAAAUGGAUAACAGCAGCUGAAAAAGAUUUAGGCUCUAUGCAAAAUGAUUGGGAAGGACAUAUGCGUUAUUUCUGGGAAUUGAAAGCUCAAUACGAGGUGCAUAAUAACAUAAAAAAUGAAGCCAACGACUGCUUUGAACAAGCUCUACGCAUAAUUCCAUUAUCUGAUGAAAUGAUCCAAAGACAAUUUCAUGGAGAAUUCCAAGAUCGGUGGCAUAAAGUUGCGAAAAAAAUAAAAACAAUACAGAAAGCCGUGGCUGACACGAUUACAUCUGAAGAAACACCAGUUGAUGAGAAACUGAGAUUAUUAAAAAUAGAAUUGAAUGAAUUACAAAUGACAAUAGAAGGUUUUCAUGGAGUAUUAAAAACGGAAGAUGAACUUGAAUUAUAUGUUGAAAGACUUGGUGUUCUUUUUGAGAGAGUAUGUACUAUUCAAGAUGAGUUAAGUAAAUUAGGAAUGUUAUCAGCUACUGAAAGUGAAAAAGUCAGUGUGCUACUUUCAUCUGCACGAAAAAUAGAAAGUCAAAUAGGCGAAGAAUUAGAUUUAGCACAACUCGUCAAAGAGCGUCUUCAAUCUCUUCAACGUGGUCUUACACGUAUUCGCAAAGCACACAUCAAGCAAACAUUGACUUUAGAUGAAUGUGAAAAUUGUGAAAAUCAGGCAAGUGACAUUGUAGCAGGUGGAGUUGAAAAAUGUCAACAAGUCAUUGAUGAAUUAGCUAUUCUUUGGAAAGAUCUAAUGGGUCUUCGACAACUCCUUCAUACUCUCCCCAAUGGUAUGAAAAUUUCAAUCUCUCCAGUAGGCAUCGAAAGAGAUAUAUCUAGCCUCCUAGAUAAUCAUACAGAUUUAGAAUCUCGAUGUACUCGGCUUUUAUCGCUACUACGAAACAGAUUGAAUUUAUGGCGGCGAUUCGAAAAACAACUUGAAUUAGUUCAACAGUCAGUUCAAGAAGCUGAUUACAUGAUGGAACUUUUGAGUAUUCAGGGAACUGUUGAUUAUGAAAGAUUAUUGAAGGCUACAGAACGUCUUGAGGGUCUAAAUGGAGAUUUAGGUGCAAGAGAAAUCUUAAUUGGUGAAUUACGUGAAGCUGCUGAACCUUUACAAAAAAGCUGUUUACCGGAAAUUGGUGAAAAAGUCAAUGCUGCUGUUAAUGAAGCUAUUCAAGCUUGGGAAAAUACCAAAGCUGAAUUAGAUGCUCUUUGUAUUAAAUAUCAACAUGCUGUAAAACUUUGGGAGCAGUAUAGAGACUCAAGUGCUGCGGUCAAGGCUUGGGUUGACACUCAAAUGGGAAGUGUAACUAAUCUCCCACCCGAAGAAGCUCUCAAACAAGUUAAGGUUUGUGAAGAAACUCUUGCUGAACAUAAACAACGGCUUGCAGAAUUACGGGGUUUAGUAGCACAAAUUGCUUCAGAUGUUGGUCUCGAUGCUGUCAAUGGUCCUUUGCAAUAUGAGGUUGAAGCCUUAGGACGUCGCCUUGAAGAUGUUCGUGAAACUCUAGCUACUCUAGCAGACACUGCGGAUGCACGUGCGCUUAAUCAUGAAUUAACACGUGGUGAUUUAUGUCAAACAAAGAAUUUCCUUGAUUCAGUUCAACAGAGCUUGUCAUCUAUAACAACGACAAUUGGAUCAGAAGAAUCUAAAGAACAAUUAAAUCUUCUCCGAAAUCAUCUGUUGGCAUUAACGAGAACUGAACCACAACUACAAUCUAUAAAAGACCGUAGGUUAGAUAUUGUUACCACAGAAACAUCAGUUGUAGAAGUUUUACAAUUAUGGCAAAGUGUAUUCCGCGAAACAUUUCAACAAUACCAUCGAUUGUCUGCUCGAUUGGUUCGAUCAGAAGAUGUAUCAGCUACGCUACGUCUUUGGCAAGAAUAUCUUUCUCAUGUUCAAGAAUUCUUGUCCACCGAUAUCCCGGGUGAUUAUAAUGGACUAUCCGAGCACAGAAAUUUGUGUCAAGUUCAUAAAAAUUUAUUAACAGAUCAACAGCAUUUAAUAUUAUCUAUUCAAACGGAAAAGAAAAGCCAAGAUAUUUCUGUAGCAGAACAGUUUAAUGUUUUAACAAAUUUUCAUAAUGAAACAUUGUCUAAAAUUAUGGAGCGACAUGCUUCAGUGCGAGAUAGACUUGCAGCUUGGGAUAAAUACAAAUCAGAUCAAAGUAAAUUAUUAACAUGGCUAAAAGAUAUUGAACGAGAGAAAAAUCGGUUACAAUUAAGAUUUAUACAUUUACGAAGGAUAGAUAAAAUUAUUUCAAAAAUUGAAAUGCUUCUAGAAAAAAUCCCAGCUGGUCAAGCUCAAAUAAAUUCACUUAAUAUUCAACAAGAUUCAUUAUUAAUUAAUUGUGAAGAAGCACUGGCUGUUUCAGUACGAAUGGAGCACGCAGCAAAUACUCAAAGACUAACAAAUCUUCGUGCUAGUCUUGAAACAUGGCGAGAUUUUGUAUUAAGAAUCCGACAAUUAAAUGCAAAACAUGUUGAUCAAACUACUACUAUUACUGCAACUUUUCAAGAAAUAAGUCAAGCAUUAAGUACUGCAUUCCAUACUACUUCAACUAAUCUUAUUCAAGUAAAGCAACAAUUAAAUUCUUUACAAAAUUUGAAAAGUAAGUUAAUCGAUACAACAACUAAUCUCGAAGCCCUUGGAGUAACAACUGAACAACUUUGUGAAUGUCUUAGUCCUUCAGACAUGAAAAAUUUAAAUCAACACAUUGCUUUACUUUGGCAGCAACAUGGAGAUUUAGAACAUCAAUUGGCAUUAUUAGCAUACAAAUUAGGAGAACGUUUAAAUCUUAGAGGAAAAUGGGAUACUAGAUUAUCGAGAUUUAUUAUUUGGGUGACUGAUACAGAAUCUAAAAUUCAUGGUUAUAAUACAACAACGACUAUGGAAGAACCAGAAGAAGCCUUAAAAAAAUUAGAGGGAGAACUGCAUGCUGAAAUGACUUUAAAGCAACGUGAAUUUGAAUGGCUUCAAACAACAGGCCAAGAAUUGAUAAAUAAUUCAAAUGAAGAUGAAAAAAUAAUAUUGAAAAAAUCCUUGGAUGACUUAAAUGAAAGAUGGAACCAAUUAAUGAAUGUCGGUAAAACUAAAGCUAAUAAAUUAAUUGAUUUAAUGCAGACAAUAAGCUUAUUAGAAAAAAAUAUUGCGGAAAUCAGAGGUUGGCUUGGAAAGAUUGAACUUCAACUUGUUGAUACAUUUACGAUUGAAUCAAAGACUCAAAGUACAAUUGAUAAAAAAUUGAAAGAUCAUGAAUUAUUACAGAAAUCAAUAGAAGAAGAAAGUGGUAAAAUUGGUGAAAUAUUUAAUCUUUGUGAAAUAUUAUUAAAUGAUUGUGAUGCCUGGAAAGUAUCAUUUAAUACUGAUACUAUUAAAAAUGGAAUGCAAAGUUUAGAAAAAAGAUGGAAGGCCACAUGUGUUAGAUCUGCUGAUAGAAAACGAAAAAUUAUCAUGGCCUGGAAACUUAUUCAAGAGCUUGAUAAAAUUAAACAAGAACAAGAAAAGUGGAUUACUGAAGUUGAAAAUGAAUUAAAAACUAUAGAAGAAUCUAUAGAAAAAAUACCAAAAGAAAAUACUGAACAAACAAUUUCUAGAGUAAAAAUUAUUUCGAAAAAUAUUGAUGUACAUAAACCAGCAUUAAUAAUAGUUGAACAAAAUUACAGUAAGUUAUCAAAAAGUGGUUUGGAACCAGGAAACUUCAAAGUUCUAACAACAGAUGUUCGUUCUUUAUUAGAUAGAUGGCAAGCUCUUAAACCAAAAGCUAAUUCAAUCAUCAGUUCUCUCCAACAUGAGCAAAAAAUAUAUCGUGAAUUUAUUUCGGCUCAUGGAUCAGCAGUCGUUGGUCUUACACAAAUCGAUGUUAAAUUAACACAAUUACAGCAUCUUUCCCAAGAUGAUAGAUUCAAGUAUCAACAAAUAAUAGAUAUUGAUAAAGAUUUAACCGUUCAAAAUAAUAUUCUCCAGCAUGCUGAUGAAUUAGCGUUAAUUGUGAUGCAAAAUUGUUAUGCAAGCGACAUCCCUGCAAUUCAAGAACUCGUAGAUGAAUAUCAAUUACUUUGGCGAGAUAUCAAGACAAGAGUAACUACAUUAAAAGCCAACAUCGAAGAAAAUUAUAAGAAGGAAGUGGAUGAAGCAGUUCAAGUAGAAACUUUGAAAUUCGAACAAGAUAGUGCAGUUCAAGUAGAUACAUUACCACGAUUAAUGAGAAUGACUUCAUGUGAUGCUUACUUGAUAGAGCUGCAAUCAGCUUUAUCAGAAUGUCAAUGUGUUUUGGAAGAAUUAGAAGAUGCUAUUGCUCCUGAGCCAGUAGCUGGGCCAGGGAUUGCAUCAACUGCUAAACAUAUUGCAAAAUUAAUUGGAAGCUGUCAAUCUGCUAUUGAGCUUGUUAAACAUUUACACAGCUUAUUGAUGCAAGAUGAAAAAUACAGUAAUGAAGCUGCAAAAAUUUUCCAAGUAAAGGAACUCAAUACACAAUUUGAUGAUCUAUUAAUUCGUGCUCGAGCUCGAGAACAGCAAAUCAAAGAAAUAAGAUCACCAUCAAUUGGCUUAUACUCUUUUUCAUGUGAACAUGACAAAAGUCAAUUGCUGAUGUCCUGCCCCGUUUGUUCUCGAAGAAAUUGGACUCAAGUUGACAUUGAUUUAUGGAGACUAGAGAAAUGGUUAGAAUAUGCAGAAGGCAUUCAAAAAAAUCAAUAUUCUCCGCCAAGUAAUAUUGAAGAACUUGAAGAUAUCAUUCAGGCCCAUCGUGAAUUCUGCUUAGAUCAAGACAGUCAUAAAAAUAUCAUUAUUAGUUUGAAUAUUGUAGGAUCUCACCUCGCUGAUCAUACAGAUAGUAUUGAAAAAGCAGAAGAAUUACGUGACAGAUUAAUCACUGUAAAUAGAAGAUGGGAUCUAGUUUGUCAAACUGCUAAAUCUUGGCAAACCACACUUCAGACUGCUCUUAUGAAUAAUCAACAAUUUCAUCAAAUUGUUAAUGAAUUAUUAGAUUGGUUAGUAAAAACUGAGUCUUUGAUACAUGAAAAUGAACCUAUCGAUUUGAUGGAAGCUACUGAUGUUAUUAGAUCGAAAUUUGAUAAAUUCCGAGAAUUACAAAGCGAUUUAGAACGUUGCGAACCACGUGUUUUAUCACUUCAAGAAGCUGCUAAUCAACUACUUGAUGAACAUUCUAAAAUUCGUAAACAACUACAAGAGCUUAGACUUCAUUUACAAUCAUUGAGACGAUUAACAGGCAUUUAUACAUUAAAACUUGGUGCAGCUCUUGGACUAGAUCCACAAGAAGUGGGACUCACUACAUCUUCUUCAUUGGCUACUCUUUCACAAGAUCUGCUCGACAAAGCUACCUCUGGGACCAGUCAACUUAAUCAAGCCUCUACAACAGAUGGUGACAACGAAAGAUCCAAUGGCACAAUAUUGGUACGUGGAUACCGUUUCGUAGGUCGUGUACUACGGGCUUCCUUACCUAUUCAAGCUUUAAUGCUUUUAUUGCUCGGUGUAGCAUCAUUAGUUCCUACAGCAGAGGAUGAUUACAGUUGUAUGCUUUCUAAUAAUUUAGCUUCAACACUUACUCCAGUACUAAAUUAUCCUAAUGGUCCUCCACCGUUGUAAGAAAAUGUUGAAAAAACUAUGUACAUAAAAGAAGAAAAAAUUAUAUUGAUUAUAAUUUAAAUAAUAUUCAUUUCAGUCUUAUUGAUUGAUUUAAUUAUAUAAUUAAUUUAUUCAUCAUUUCUAUAU